AUGAAGGCGGCCCUUGUCCAAGCGAGGCCAGCCCUCCGCCUGAUCGUGGCCAUUAAGGGCAGCCUCAUUGGAAGUUUGGAGGGGGCCCUCGAGGGUCAGGCCAAGCGAGGCAUCAAAGAGGUCAAGCGUUACCUCAAAGCUCUCGGAUACUUGGCCUACGAGAAUAAGAACGACGGAGCCCUCAUGGACGACGAGUUCGACGAGACUCUCAAGUCGCUUGAUGCCGACACGGUGAAGCAAAUGAGCAUCCUGAGAUGCGGGGUGCCUGACUUCAUCCGCCCAAGGCACGCUAGCAGGAAUGCCACUGAGCCUAACAAGCUCCGCAUAGUAUUGCGUUGUGCGUUCAGUUUGGCGGGAAUAAGUGGCCGCCUUCCAAAUUCCAUCUCACCUAUGCUUUCGACUCCAUCUCCAAGGCCGUCGGUUUUCCAGUCCUGGACCCAUGUUACUGCGUUCACCUUCAUUGAAGUUUCGUCUGAUGAGACGCCCGACGUCAGUAUAGGCUUCUUCAGCAGCUUUCAUGGUGAUAGUCAAUCUUUCGAUGGGACCUGGCGGGAUUCUUGCCCAUUCGACUAA